UAAAAGAAAACGAAAACAUCUUUAUAAAAAUGGGAAACACCAAAGAGAGAAGAAGCUUGAUGGUUUCAACAGUAAUGGUGUUCUUCUUCUUCAACACUAACCAUCAUCAGGUUAUGAGUUGCCCCGACCAAACGACAAACUGUACGGAUCAAGACAGGAAAUUAUUGGAAUUUCCAUUGAAUCUGGAGUAUCUUGAAGCUGAGUUUUUCUUGUUCGGGGCAUUAGGGUUUGGUCUUGAUAAAGUUGCACCAAAUUUAACGAUGGGAGGUCCCAGUCCUAUUGGAGCUCAGAAAGCUAAACUUGAUCCUUUGACAAGAGAUAUUGUUUUGCAAUUUGCUUGGCAAGAGGUUGGCCACUUGAGGGCAAUCAAGAAAACGGUGACAGGAUUUGCGAGGCCACUACUUGAUUUGAGUAUAAAAUCAUUUGCCAAAGUGAUGGAUGAUGCAUUCGGACGGAAACUUGUACCACCAUUUAAUCCUUAUGCUAAUUCUUACAAUUACCUCAUUGCUUCAUAUUUGGUCCCUUAUGUUGGCCUCACCGGCUAUGUUGGUGCUAACCCGAAACUGCAAUGUCCCGAUUCAAGGAAGUUAGUAGCAGGACUUUUAGGAGUAGAAUCAGGUCAGGACGCUGUGAUACGAACAAUGCUAUAUGCGAGGGCGACACACAUGGUUCAUCCUUAUGGUAUCACGGUUGCUGCUUUCACAGAUAGGAUCUCGCGUCUAAGGAACAAAUUAGGGAAAAUGGGUGUGAAAGAUGAGGGGUUGGUUGUACCUAAAGCCAUGGGUGCGGAGGGACAAGUGGCCGGAAAUGUAUUGGUUGGUGACAUGUUAUCGCUUGCGUUUGAUCGAACUCCGGAGGAAAUUCUGCGGAUUGUGUAUGGAAGUGGAAACGAAAGGGUACCCGGUGGAUUUUACCCUAAAGGAGCUGAUGGAGAAAUUGCCAAGUCUUAUUUGGUUUAAUAAGGUUGAGUAAUGGUGUUGUUGGGAAUGAGGUUUAGUGUUAGUUGGAGUUUAAUUUCCUUUGUAGUUGUUAGCUUUUUGAGUCUAUACAGCAA